UCGUCGGAGUGGGAAAGGUGGGGCCUGGUCCUGGGUAUGUGGUGAGGCGAGCGUGGUCGGAUUCUGGAGUGAAGCGGCCGCCAACUUCUAGGUCCUGAUGCCUGACCAUGGGGAUGUGAGCCUCCCGCCUGAAGACCGGGUGAGGGCUCUCUCUCAACUGGGUAGUGCAGUGGAAGUGAACGAAGACAUUCCACCCCGCCGGUACUUCCGCUCUGGAGUGGAGAUGAUCCGAAUGGCAUCCAUUUACUCAGAGGAAGGCAACACCGAACAUGCCUUCAUCCUCUAUAACAAGUAUAUCACACUCUUUAUUGAGAAACUUCCAAAGCAUCGGGAUUACAAGUCAGCCAUCAUUCCUGAGAAGAAAGACAUGUUAAAGAAAUUGAAGGAGAUUGUGUUUCCCAAAGCAGAAGAGCUGAAGGCCGAGUUGUUAAAACGAUAUACCAAAGAAUACCGAGACUACCAUGAAGAGAAGAAGAAGGAAGCAGAGGAGCUUGCCCAGAGCCUGGCCAUGCAGCAGCAGCUGGAGAAGGAAAGGCAGAGGGUCGCACAGCAGAAGCAGCAGCAGUUGGAACAGGAACAGUUCCAUGCCUUUGAGGAGAUGAUCCGGAACCAGGAGCUAGAGAAAGAACGGAUGAAAAUCGUACAGGAGUUUGGAAAGGUGGACUCUGGUCUCAGUGGCCCACUGGUGCCUGGCGUGGACAAACCCUCCAUAGAUGUGUUCCCCAUCACGCCUGCCUCAUCCACGCAGUCUCCCGACUGCAAUACAAGUGUCGAGCCAGCUAAGCCACCUGUGGUGGACAGGUCCUUGAAACCCGGGACACUGAGCAACUCAGAAAGUACGCCUACAAUUGAUGGACUGCGCCACAUGGUGGUGCCUGGCAGACUCUGUCCACAGUUUCUCCAGCUAGCCAGUGCCAACACUGCCCGGGGAGUAGAGACAUGCGGAAUUCUCUGUGGAAAACUGAUGAGGAACGAAUUUACCAUCACCCAUGUUCUCAUCCCCAAGCAAAGUGCUGGGUCUGAUUAUUGCAACACCGAGAACGAAGAAGAGCUCUUCCUAAUCCAGGACCAGCAGGGGCUCAUCACACUGGGCUGGAUUCACACUCACCCCACGCAGACGGCCUUUCUCUCCAGUGUUGACCUGCACACGCACUGCUCCUACCAGAUGAUGCUCCCAGAGUCCAUAGCCAUCGUCUGCUCGCCCAAGUUCCAGGAAACUGGAUUUUUUAAACUAACUGACCAUGGACUAGAGGAGAUUUCUACCUGUCGCCAGAAAGGAUUUCAUCCCCACAGCAAAGAUCCACCUCUGUUCUGUAACUGCAGCCACGUGACUGUUGUGGACAGAGCGGUGACCAUCACAGACCUACGAUGAGAUUGUGACCCUGGCACUUUCCGAGAACUCCCACCGCAUCAUGUACUGUAGCCCUGCAAUCAAAAACGCCCAUGGACCCUGGGCACCUUUUACAGUAGAAUAGGAAGCAAGUACCCCUGUGGGAAGGGGACUGAUUUUUCUAUUUCUGAUUUGGGGGUGGAAAUCAUCGAAUAUAUUUUUCGGCAAGUCUGAGGGAAAAGCAUGAAUUGCAUUAAAAGCCGUUGUCAGCCUGCCUGUCGGUCCGAUUUCAAACACUACGUUGAAUGGCAUCCUCAACGCCCAGCUCUCUUCUCGUGCGCUGUGCCUGUUGGCUAACGUUUUCUCCUCCCCGCCCUCCUCACUCCUCCACCAGCUCGUUUCUCUUUGCCCUCGGGACUGAAGAAGGGCCCCUUUGCAAAGGGGGGAGCCGGAAGAGCAGCUCUUGGGUGGCCGGGGAGUUGGGGCAUUACCCUUGGGCUCACGUCGCAGAGGGAAGAGGGGUAACUCGUGCAUCUGCCCGGACGCAGAGGCUUGUUAACACCAGAAUCAUCCUGUCAGGAAUGCCUGCCCUUGAGCAAGGUUCCCAGGUGUCAUUCCUCUCCAAUAAAGUCAGGAGUUCAUUUA